AGAAAGGAAAAGCGAGAGACAAAGAAAGAGUAAGAGAAGAAAAAAAGGAAAUAAAGGCAGAAGAAACUAAAUAACGAAGGAAAAGGAAAAGGAAAAAGAAAACGAAAAACGAAAGACAAAACGGGAAAAUAACGUAUCAAAGUAUCAGAAACGUAUCAAAGUAUCACAACAUCACAGCGGCCUUUUAAACAUGGACCUCAACACAACUUCACUCACCACCACCAUGCCCACCACAAUCACCACCACCACGCCCCCGCCCACGUCCUUACCCAUGGCCUGGCCGCUGCUGGCGUUCCUGGCGGUGGUGGUGGGCGGGGUGCUGGUUGGCUUUGCUGUGUGGGCGUGGCGGGACAUCAGAGACACUUAUCGGUGGUAUCAGGAGGUCGUGUUUCUGGACGAGGAGGAGCUGAGGCGAGAGCGAGAGGCGGAGCGCGAGGAGGAAAGACGAGCGGAAGACGAGAGGAACGCAGCGAACCAAAUAGACAACACUUCACGAUCUUCCAGUAGCUCCUAUGACUCUUUGUUUUACCAGCAACGGCGCUCCAGACCCGAGGAAAGACGCCCUCUGUCCUAUCCCUUCACCUCCUACUUCACAAUGGACUCUGAAUUCUAGACACGGCCGGGAAGAUGAACGUGCGGGGGGGAAGGAGAGACAGACAGGGCAGGAAAAAGAGGAAAUAGACGUAGAGAAAGAGAGAAUAAGGGAAAGGUAAGGAUAAGAGGUGAAAGAAGGAAGAUGUAGGUGAAAGAGGGAAGGAAAGACAGGCAGGGUAGGAUAAAUGAGAGGGAUAAGACGUAGAGAAGAAAACAAUGAGAGUAAGAGAAAGGUAAGGGAAAAGAGGGAAAAGAGACGUAGAGAAGAAAAUGAGAGUAAGAGAAACGUAAGAGGAAAAGAGGGAAAAGAGACGUGAAAGAUGGAAGAAAGGAAAAGCAAGAUUAUAAAGAAAGGAGAAAGAGACAGGAAGGAAGGGAAGUUAAGAGGAAGGUGAGGGAAAAUACGUCAAGAAAAGCAAUUUAAGAGGAAAGUUAGGAAAAGAGAGAGAAGGAGAAUGAGGAAAGUGAAGGAAAGAAGAAAACGAGGAAACAAAGGCUGAGAAGUUAGAGAUUAGGUGUUUAGGGAAGUUUUCAGUUUAUAAGCUGUUAAGGACUAUAAUGUGAUGUUUGAAGGAAGCUUUGGGAGGAGUUCUUGAUUUUAAGCUGAGGACUAAUGUAUGCAGGUUUUGAGGGAAGUUUUAGAGGUUUCAAGCUGAGAGAGAGAGAGAGAGAGAUUAUAAUGUAUGAAGUAUUGAAGGAAGUUUUGUAUGCAGGUUUUGAUGGAAGUUUUGGAGGUUUCAAGCUGAGAAAGAUUAUAGUGUAUGAAGUAUUGAAGGAAGUUUUACGAUUUUAUUAUUUUUUAAGGACUAGAGUAUAACAUUUUUGAAGUUAGUUUUACGACUUUUCCAGCUGAGAAGGACCAGUGUAUGAAGUUUUUGAAGGAAGUUUUACGAUUCUAUGAAGUUUUGGUGUAUGAGGU